GAAGUAAGUAAGAAAGGUUGUUUGAUGAGAAAUUUUGAUUCAAGAUACAUUUUUUUUAAUCAUUUUUUUAAAUUUACUGUCACUCAUAUGUAAUUUCAUGUCAGACACUGGGGGAAAUUUGCUGCCAAAACUGUAUGUUUGCAUGUCUGCUCUCAAAUUGACUUUUAAUAUCCUGGUAUAAACGUACAUAAAUGACAAACAGAUACUAAUUUCUCAUCACGGCAAAUGACAGACGUAACAGAGUGAAGUUUUCAGGUCCAGUCAUGUUAGGUGACUGGUGCAUGAGUUUAUUUGUGAGUCUGUGAGCUGAAGUAAUGAUAAGAGAAGAAUAGAAACUUAUCUGCUCCCCAGUUGUUGACAAAGCGAUAAGCUGAAAAGUUGAAUCAUGGAGGUGUUUGUUUCACAGUUAACGCUCACUGAAACCGGGAAGCUUUCCUCUUGAUGUACAACAAAUCAUAACUCAUGAACUGUAAAUAUUCAACUUAAGACAUGAAAUACACACACAUACACAUUUAAAUUUAGUAGCAGAAAUACAGCAAAUGUUUGCUCCUGACUGUUCUACAUCUUUAACGUCUUGGACACCGGGGUUUUUCACUUGAAUCCCUGCAGCUCUGGAGGGGAACAGAUCAUCUUGCUGAAUGGUUUUUGAGCAAAAUAUAAAAUUUUCACCAGUUUCAGAUUCAGUGUAGAUACGCCUGACCUCUGCCCUGCCCCUUUUCAUGGUUUAAAGAAGAUUUUACAUCACUUCUGUGGCUUCUAACGUUUCAUUUUAAAGUAAGGCCUGAUAUGAACUUAUAUAUUUGGCUCAGAAUUGAGAGUCUACAGUCGUCAAAUACACCCAUUCGUCUGACUUCCCUUCUGACUUAGCGACACACUCACUUCUGCCUCACCUGUGUGUGUUUGUACAUAGUUUUUUUUUCACAGGGCUGCUUUAGUUUUCGACACUUGUAAAUGAUUUCAUAAUCUGUAUGCUCUCCUAGCUUGUUGGAAUUACUUAUUUCAUUUCCUGUAUUUACAUUCAAACGUUCAUUUGGGUGCCAGGUGUGCCCUGUCACCGCUGAGUCCACACCUCUCAACACCACGUAGCCCAACCCAUGCUGCUGUGUCACCCACUGGGUGAAACCCGGCCGCCUCCACCCAACACCACCAUCACUAGGCGCCACUUUGCCCAUUUUCAUUCCUUGCUUGCACCUGCUCACCCUCGACAUCUUAACUUUGAGCUCAUCCGUGUAUGCAGCUGUGCUUUAAGUAGAAUCUUUUAAACUAUUCCAAUUGGGCGCAGACACACAUAGCUUGUCCUCUCAGGUCGAUUUUCUAACUUCUGACGCACAAAACGACGAUGGCGCCUGGAGUCCUGCAGAAUGGCGGAUUCGUUUUGGGCUUGAUUGGUGCGGCGGCCCUCAUCGCUGCCACGGCCAUGAACAAAUGGAGCGUGACGGACAGACAGGGGAGCGUGGUGACUUCUGUUUACACCUACAAGGGUCUGUGGCAGGACUGUGAGACGACAUCGGCCGGAAUGACAGAGUGUCGCCCCAUGUACGGCCUCCUGGGCUUCUCAGGAGCCUUCCAGGCGGUGCGAGCCCUGAUGAUCAUAGGCGUGGUGGUCAGCGUUCUCGGAGCGUUGAUUUCCGUGUUCUCUCUGACCUGCCUCACCAUGACCAGCAUGGCCGACACCACCAAGGCCAAGAUGAGCCUCACAGCCGGCGUCAUGUUCAUCAUCGCCGGUCUGUGUGGAAUUUCAGGAGCUUCUGUUUACGCCAAUCAGAUCGUGUCCAGUUUCAGGAUGUCCACCUACCCAAGCUACGGAGGAGGAUAUGGGGGAGGAUAUGGGGGAGGAAUGGUGGCGGGGGGGAUGGGUGGAGGAAUUGGUGGAGGAAUGGGAGGAAUGCCCACAUACACGUUCGGUGCAGCUCUGUUUGUCGCCUGGAUUGGAGGCGGCAUCCUGCUCAUCGCUGGCAUCCUGAAGUCUCUGGCUUUCAGAGAAAUUAUGAAUGAUGAAAAACCACAUUACCCGGGGGUCGUUUACAAACCUCAGUCGCACAGCAAGACUGAGGUGGUGGAUCAGCAUUCAGAGGGAGGCCACAGAGACCAGAAAUAUGUCUAACUUCAGCCACAGCUUUUCAGUUUUAGCUUUUCACACCCAGCACGCUUUGUAAUGUUUUUGUUUUUUCAGUUGCCUCAUAUAGAUAUUCAGUUUUUGUGUGAUAAAAGAUACCAGUGGCAUGUCUCACCCUUCCAUCGCUACAACAGCAAGUGGAUUAAGGAGGGAACUGUUGCUAAAUAUUUAGUUUUCACAUCUCAGUGGUUACUAGAUAUUCAUAAAUGCUCGGGUGCUGUUUGUAACUGAAGCUUUUUCUUAUUCAAGUUCUGUUAAAUCAAAUUUUUUGUUUGAAAAUAAAGCACCGAUUUCUGAAAUAUGUGUCGACUGGUUCUAAUUACUACAUGUAUGUAUUAAAUGAUUGAAAACAUAUGGCUCAUAAAGAGACUCAUGUAUGAAUAAAGGCGUGCCAAUGAAAGAUA